UGGCGGGAACCCCACAGAACCGGGGAUCCGAGGGCUGGAAGCACUGGGCUGUGGGAACCCUCGGGCUGCAGGGCCUUGAGUGAAGGGUGGGGCCCUGGUCGCUGAGUUUGAGCGCCUCUCUCUCCCAGUUGCGAGACUUCCUGCUGGUCUACAAUCGGAUGACAGAACUCUGCUUCCAUCGCUGUGUGCCCAGCCUGCACCACCGAGCUCUGGACUCUGAAGAGGAGGCCUGUCUGCACAGCUGUGCUGGGAAGCUGAUCCAUUCCAACCACCGCCUCAUGGCCGCUUAUGUGCAGCUCAUGCCUGCGCUGGUCCAGCGCCGCAUCGCAGACUACGAGGCUGCUUCGGCUGUGCCAGGUGCUGCCACUGAUCAGCCCGCAGGGUCGCCAUCGGGCAGCUAGUUCUCUGCAACCCCAGGAGGGAGGGCACUGGAGGGACCCUCAGAUAGAAGGACCCAGUGGACCUUGGGCUUGAUGAAGCCUGUACAAAGAGAAUGACCGGUUGACUGAAAGCUGGGUACUGUUGCUCCUUUUCCUGGAGCCAGUAAGCCCCCAUUUUACUCUGGUUUAUAUUCUGGGCAGGGAAUCUUGGCCCACGUUGUUAGCUCCAUCCUGUGUUCUGUCAUUUCUUGCAUAUCUGCUGGCAUACACCCUGGCCGCUGAGAAAUUGCCUUCUAUGUGUAGAAGGAAGGCCUUGACAUUCACAGGCACCUAUAAAACAGAGUCUGUGGUUGGUAAUCAGUUUCUGCCCAAAUGACGGAGGAAAUGGGUGUUCUUAAGUCUAACUUGAAUGGCUCACUUGUGAACCAAGUAUGCAUCAGUUCAAAACUAUUCGUUUGUCGACUGAGUCUUAGAAGAAACGAUUCUGCUGGAUCUAGGGAAAGGAGGAGAUGUUUAAGAAUAACAUCAAAAAAACCACAGGGCUUUUAGCCACUACUUCCUAGGAGGCCAGUAGCCUCAAACAGAAAUGAAAUCUGUAAGGAUUCUGGAGUGUUCUGGAAUUUCCACCGUUUCCCCAGGUUGUUACUUUCUUAGGAUUUCCUGUGUUCUCUGGAUAAGCAGUAAAACCUUUAAACAAAGAAUAUCU